GUGAGCUAUACACCUCCGUGAUAUUGGCUUGACUGAAACAUCAUGCAAGUCAUCAUGAUCGCUCGGUUAUAUGCCAUGUAUGAGCGAUCCAGAAAGGUGCUGGUAUCUCUCGUUGGCAUCUUUCUGGCCAUCACAAUCGCCAACACAGUGAUCGGCGUAAUAACGGCGAUACAUAUUUCAGGGGAGGAAUUAGUUCUUUCCGGCACCUAUCAGUGCAUGAUUUCCUAUGCUGGAGGAGUCCAAAUUUCGAAUUCCAUAACUUGGAUACUUGGGACUGUAUGGGAGGUCGUUGCACUAUGUCUCGCGGUGUGGAUUGCUGUAAAACACUUCCGUGAACUGCGACGACACUCAACAAGAGGUAUUAUCGGGGAUUGUUUCACGGUGUUAAUGCAAACUCACGUUAGCUACUUUGCAAGUUAUUUGGCUGUCUCUUGCUUCCAGAUCGGUUUGUUCUCUCCGACACUCUCAGCGGACCUGUACUCCUUGGACACUCAGAUUUAUCUUGGUCUCACUCAGAUAUUCCAGUUGGUGCAGCUGUUUGUGCUGGGACCACGCCUGAUCCUCAGUGUUCGAGAAUAUUACGCUGAGCUCGUGGCCAACCUGUGGUACAGCAAAUGCUAUGACUUCAAUUGCUUUACAGGAGCAUGUCCAUGUGUCAACUAACAGUAGUGUGUAGCACAGGAGAUGCUCGAUAUGACUGAUUCAGUGCGAUAGGCGGGUACUGUGCAGGGAGCGGGAGAAUUUGUUCCUAUUUAUUUCACUGGUUUUGUCGUGGUACUUAUUUAUGUAAGUUGCGAAGUAGAUAUAGGUCAUACAAGAGCUUUUGGCGAACUAUGAGUAGAGAUCUCUCCCCGACGCUGAGGUUCACGCGCUCGAUCUCAGUAGUGCUGUCAAGAUCGUAACGCUGGUGGAAGUCUGUUCGCUCCUGAUGCCAUCUCUGAAA